CAUAACAAAGACGGGCACGCAAAAAUAUUGACGAAAAACGGAGGGGUAAAAGGGGAAAGGCGACGCCGAGCCGAGGAGCGAGAGAGGGCGGAGUGGGGAGCGGAGCUCGUUGAUGGUGGUUAGGGUUUCGCCGCCCGCGCCCUCGACCUGCUGAAGAAGUUCCAGGCGGCGGACGAGGCUUCCGCCCGCCCCUAGAAGGUUCCGGGACGAGACGCCGGAGGACCGCGGCGCGCGGAUGGCGGAGCAGGAGCGGGGGGACGCGGAGGCGGGGGGCGAGGCCGCCGCCGCGGCGGCCGUGGCUGCGGCGCACAACAGCAGCAUGAAGCGUGUCAAAGUAUACCGUUUGACUGAUGGAGGGAAGUGGGAUGAUCAAGGAACAGGUCAUGUUUCUAUUGAGUACGUUGAGGGUUCAAAAGAACUUGGUUUAACUGUUUUGGAUGAAGAGGACAAUGAGACACUACUUGUCCACAACAUCACUUCUGACGAUAUCUACAGAAAGCAAGAAGAAACAAUCAUUUCAUGGAGGGAUCAAGAGGCAGCAACAGAAUUAGCACUGAGCUUCCAGGAAGCUACAGGAUGCUCCUACAUAUGGGACCACAUAUGUGACGUUCAGAGAAACCUGCAGUUCAGUAACCUUGGUGUUCUUGAAGUUGGUCCUCGUCAAACAUUGGAAUCUCUAGAAGCCUGUAGAGUAUUGCAUUCAAAUGAUGAUUCAUUCCACUCUGCAAAUGGUGAAUUCAGGGUGCUUCCUCCUGUUGAAUUAUCUAAUCUUCCUUUAAUUAUAAAGACUAUAUUGGAGGGCGGCAUUACAGAUCAGAUCCGUGUGGCAGAGUUGAUAACACAAGAUCGUGAUUUUUUUCCAAAGCUAGUGGACAUUUUCAGAAUGUGCGAGGAUUUAGAAAACUUAGAUGAUCUUCACAUGAUUUUCAAAUUAGUCAAGGGAAUCAUAUUAUUGAACAGUCCAUUGAUCUUUGACAAGAUUUUCUCCGAUGAGUUUAUUCUUGACAUAAUAGGCGCCCUUGAAUAUGACCCAGAAGUUCCAAUAGUGCAAAAGCAUCGCGCUUUUCUAAAGGAUCAUAUAGUUUUCAAAGAGGCAAUACCUAUUAAAAAUGAUUCUGUGGUUUCAAAGAUUCAUCAGACAUACAGAAUAGGCUAUCUUAAGGAUGUUAUAUUGCCACGAAUAUUGGAUGAUGCCACUCUAGCAAGUUUGAACACAAUGAUACAUACAAAUAAUGCAUCUGUUAUUUCCUUACUAAAGGAUGAUAUUUACUUUGUUAGAGAACUAUUUGCUAGGAUGAGGUCAUCAGAUAUUUCCAUGGAAUCGAAACGAGAAUUGGUUUUGUUUUUGCACGAGUUUUGCACUCUUAGUAAGAGUUUGGCACUUGUUCAACAGUUGCGACUGUUUCGGGAUCUUUCGGGUGAAGGUGUUUUUGAAAUAAUUUCCGAUGUGUUGCAGAUUCAAGACAGAAAAAUUGUUUCAGCUGGGACAGAUAUCCUUAUACUUUUUCUUAAUCAGGACCCUAACCUAUUGAGGUCAUAUAUUGUCCAGCAAGACGGAAAUUCUCUUCUUGGACUUCUGGUUAAGGGCAUGGUAGCUGACUUUGGUGAGGAAAUGCGUUGUCAGUUUCAAGAAAUCCUACGCAUACUGAUGGAUUCUUUCACCGUGCCUGGUGCACAUAGAGACACCAUUAUUGAGAUCUUCUACGAAAGGCAUCUUGACUAUUUGGUUGAUGUAAUAGCAUUCUCUUGUUCUCCGAGGAGCAUUUCCCUAAAAACAUCUAACUCAUUUGGUGUUGAUAGAAAUGCUGAAGUACAUCGAAUCAAGCCUGAGAUUUUGUUAAAUGUUUGUGAACUGCUGUGCUUUUGUGUAGUUCAUCAUCCCUACAGAAUUAGGUGCAACUUUCUUAUGAACAAUGCUAUAGAGAAAAUCCUUACGUUGACUCGACGGAGGGAGAAGUUUUUGGUUGUGGCAGCUGUUAGGUUUAUGCGUACUAUUAUCUCCAGAAAUGAUGAGCAUCUUAUUCGCCAUGUUGUAAAGUUCAACCUGUUGAAACCAAUAAUUGACGCCUUUGUUGAAAAUGGGGAUAGAUACAACAUGCUACACUCAGGAGUACUUGAAUUGUUGGAAUACAUACGGAAGGAAAAUCUAAAAUCUCUUGUUAUCUAUGUAAUUGAGUCUUUCUGGGAUCUACUUGCAAAAUUUGAACACUUCGGGAGUAUUCAAGCCUUCAAACUCAAGUAUCAGCAGUACUUGGAGACUGCUGAAACAAGGCUAAGUGCUAGCGUGCCUGACACAAGAAAGAAGGCAGAAGAAAGAGGUCUUGAGAAGGAAGAGGAAGACUAUUUCAACGAGGACAGUGAUGAAGAAGAUUCAGGCUCUGGCCGGCGGGCUAAACAUGCACAGAACCAACAUAGUAAGGCUAAGGUUGCCAAUGGAAGCGAAGCUGAUAGACCUAAAUCAGCUGGACUUGUAGACUAUGAUGACGAUGACGACGAGGAUUUCAAUCCGCCACCGAAGGAACCUGAUAGGCCCUCAGAGGAUGAUGAGCCCUUAAAGAUAUCCACAGUGAAGCGGAAGUUAGUGAACACGGUGGAUGGAAAACAUGCAGAUGGGGAGGUUCGCAAGAAGCAAAAGAUAGAAACCAGAAUUAGUUGUGCUAAAAUUGCCGCUGUCACUAGUACGGCUAGUAAACACACAGAUUUACAGAACAAGCAUGCCCCUCUCUCGCCUACCUCAAGCAUUCCAAGUACUGAAGCCAAUGGUAUUUUGGGGGAGCAUGGCACAAAUUCCGAGGAAAAUCAACAUUCCCCAGAGAACACAGAAACUUCACGACAAUCUGGAGGUGAUUGUAUAAAAGAUGUGGGCAGCAUGUCUACUGAGAAGACUGUAAAUACCGCAAAAACUAGCGAUUCAGAGCCUUAUUCAGUGAGAUGACAACUCCUUUUCCACAACUGGUUUGUCCCUGUACCCAAUCCGUCAACGCUUGUCAGCAGAUAGGAAUGAACGUGUUUGGCUCCAAAGGCCGAAUCCAUUUGUCUCAAGCUGGAAGCAUGAUUGGAGGUGACAUAGGUCGUGCCUCCCUUUAACUUGAGUAAAAUUCCAGCUACGACUUGUGACCCUGUAAAGUUAACUUUCCGCAAGGAAAGAUAAACUGAGAAUUGGGACGCCUGUCGGUUCAGCAUUGAAUGGGCCGCGCUCCUGCUGCCCCUGCUGCCAUGGUAGCUUAUUGUAUCUGUUUUUGAGAUUCUGGAGGAGCAGUGAAUAUGUGCCCUUUUUUCCACUAUUUCUCUCUACAAUCAUUGACUGAUAUGUUACGGUUGUAAAACAAGUAGGAAAGGAUAGUUUCAGGUGAGCAGCGUUUCGCAAGAGUUUGUGCUAACUUACCCUAUACAAUUGUAAUUUGUUGAUUCAUGUUUUAGCUGGACAGUCUUGGAUAAAUAAUCUAUUCACGUGAUAGAAUGAUUUAUGCAGAA